AUGAAAUCUAUGAAAUCCAAUGAGUGUCGUGAAAAUGGGGUGAAACUGAGAGCCACUGAAUUCUUUGAGGCCUGGUUUACCUGGGCCCUGUGCAUUCCUCAACCCUGUUGUUUCAUCCACUACGUCAUGGCAUCAUUCAACCUCACACCCUCUGACACGUCAACAUUCAUCCUAAGUGGCAAAGAGCACACCCUACUCCAGCCAAUGUACCUGCUGCUCUGCAUGCUGGCACUCACAGACAUCGGCAUGUCUACCUGCAUUGUGCCAAAGGCCCUAGGUAUAUUUUGGUUUAAUUUGAAAGUUAUCACAGUGAGUGGCUGUCUGACCCAAAUUACCUUCCUUAGUGCAUCUUUUGCAACGCAAUCAGCCAUCCUGGUGGUAAUGGGCUUUGAUCGCUAUGUUGCCAUAUGUAACCCUCUCAGAUACACCACCAUCCUCACCAACACACGGGUAGCUACACUAGGGCUGGUCAGUUUAAUGAGAGGGAUUAUUUAUGUGCUGCCCAUGCCCCUCAUGCUGAGUCAACUGCCGUUCUGCGGCAACCGCAUCAUCCCUCAUAUUAGCUGUCAGACUAUUCCGGUGGCAAAGAUUUUAUGUGGGGACCUCACAUUCUACAGGCUCUAUGGCUUGGUGAUGACACUUACACUUGUUGGGUCAGACCUGAUGCUCAUUGCUCUUUCCUACUCUCUGAUCAUCAGAGCCGUUCUUAGAAUCUCCUCCCAGAAAGCCCACCAGAAAGCCCUCAACACCUGCACUGCCCACAUCGGUGUGAUGAUGACGUCUUAUACUCCCUACCUUUUUGCCAUCAUGACAAAUCGGUUUGGAGAGAGCAUCGCUCCUCACGUUCAAAUCUUCUUGGCCAAUGUCUGUGUCCUUGUCCCCACAAUGCUCAACCCAAUAGUAUAUGGAAUCAAAACCAAAGAGCUUCGUGACAAAAUGAGGAAAAACAUCUGCAGGUUGUGA